UAUGAGUGCAGAGUAAUGGUUAGUCUUACGUUUGGAUUUAUUGCCUAGCAUUGCACAGGAAGUAGAAUAAAUUUGCAUCCACUAUAUUCGUAUUAACUGAUGAUAUAAUGCAUAGAUUUAUGUGACGAAGUCAGAAAAGGAAAUAAAUAGGCUUACCAAGAUUUAAUCGUACUAUAGGCUAGAGUUUAUAAUAUAAUAAUGAUAAUAAUAGAUUCGAGGGAGGAUGGAUGAUUUUGAUAAGUUUUACGAUAGAAACUACGCUGAUUAUCGUAUUGGUUAUUUUGAGAAAAUGAAGUUGAGAUUAAGAAAGCUCAUAAGUCCUCAUAUUGAUGUUAAUAGAUUAAUCUAUGAAGAAACUUAAAAUUAUAAUCAACAGUAUAUGAAUAAAUCCAAUUCAUAGAUCAUCUCCUAUCAAGAAUACCACACCUCCUCCUGUUGUGGAUAAUUAAUCGAAUGUUUAAAAAGUAACAGAAUUCGUGUCAGUGCAACCCAAAAGGAUUCAAUCACCUCCGAAUAAAAUGACAGCUUCUAGCAAUUACAAUAGCACUAAUAAAUAGAAACAGGCAACUCCAAUUGCGUAAAACAAUAAAAAGGCGAGCAAGUAACCUUAACAGGUGAAGUCAUCUUAAGCUAAGGCUAAGACAUAAUAGGAUGAAUUAGUUUUUACAAUUAAAAUGAGCAAGGAGGUAUUAUUCAAUGAUUAAUAAAAAUAGGAAUAUUUGUAAUAUAUACAAGCUAAAUAAAAAUAGAGAUGAC